AUGGAUAUCAUUGCCGCACAUACUGUGCCACAGCAGGAGGAGCACGAGGAGGACGAGGAUGAGGAGGCAGCUGAGCCGCCGGCUACGAUUAAUCAAGUACUAAAUGGCCUCCAGCGCCUGCUCCGCUUCAAGGAGCAUGAGCCAGAUGCAAACUCCAUGGAUCCCACGGUACUCAUGCGCAUGGAAAGAAGCCUCCAGCAGCAGGCAGAGCUUGAUAGAAGUCAAGGGACAAUAAAUCUCUGA